AACGCCCUCUGUUACAUCCUUUUGUAAUUAAGACGACUUCCGCUCACCACACGUCAAAUCUUUUCCAUAAAGAACGUCAAAAUGGCGACUCCUAUUUCGAAAAAACGCAAGUUUGUUGGCGAUGGCGUUUUCAAAGCCGAGUUAAACGAGUUUUUGACUCGCGAGUUAUCAGAAGAUGGGUACUCCGGGGUUGAGGUCCGAGUUACCCCAACUCGUACGGAAAUCAUCAUUAUGGCCACACGUACUGAUCGAGUUUUGGGGGAGAAAAACCGUCGUAUUCGCGAAUUGACUUCUGUCGUACAGAAACGUUUCAACUUCCCUGAGAAUUCUGUGGUUUUGUAUGGUGAAAAAGUGGCCAACAGGGGUCUUUGUGCUAUUGCCCAAGCCGAGUCUCUUAGAUUCAAAUUGAUUGGAGGUUUGGCUGUGCGAAGGGCUUGCUAUGGUGUGUUGAGGUACAUCAUGGAAUGUGGCGCUAAAGGGUGUGAAGUUGUAGUUUCUGGAAAACUACGUGGCCAAAGAGCGAAAUCGAUGAAGUUUGUUGACGGUCUCAUGAUCCAUUCUGGUGACCCGUGCAAUGAUUAUGUGGAUACAGCCACCCGCCAUGUCUUGUUAAGACAAGGUGUGCUUGGAAUUAAGGUCAAGAUUAUGUUGCCGUGGGACCCCAGCGGUAAAACAGGCCCCAAAAAGCCACUACCUGACAAUGUAUCUGUUGUGGAACCAAAAGAGGAAAUUUUGCCUGCCUUCCCCAGCAGUGAAAUCAAAGCAGUCAAACCUGAUGCACCACCAGCUAUUCCAGUAAUGGCUUAAGUUUAUCAUAAGAUUAAUUUUCAAUAAAAUUUGGAAAGAUAA